AUGCGGAGCGCUGAGCGCAUUCUUCUCACGUCAGUCCCGCUCAAAUCUGUUGCAAUGGCUAAUUUAAUGGGCUCAAUAUUUAGAUGCCCGCCCAACCUCAGUUUAGACUCUGCCCUUGAGUGGCUGCGAAAGCUCCUUUACAUAAUGAGAGUGAAAUUGUCAAACGAAGUGAAACUCCACUCAUUUGGAUUUUUGCAGUCUUUACUGUUCUUUCUGGUUGACGUUAUCUUGCGAAUCCCAAAAACAGGAUUGCUUACAUCUCUAAUGUGCAAAAUACGGCCAGGAUUUUACUUAACCAUAGUGCAUGUUUUGUCAUACUACCUUCUGUAUAUCAGCCUCUACUCGUCCAUUGUGAUAUCCAUCAUAAGAGUAGCGACAGUCAUUAUUCCGGUCGAUGCAGCCAAGGUAAAACUUCUGAAUGGAUGA